CAGGAGGAGGAGCCGGCGGGGAAUGAGGCGAAGCCGGUGUCGGCUGUCGCUGCUGCCCGGCGCGGCGCCGGCGCCCGACUGGACACUGGCAGGAGCGAGACCCGACGGAGGGGCCGCCGCCGCCGCCGGGCUGGGAGCUCCGUCUCCGCCAUGAGGGGAAUGCUGCUGCUGCUGCUGCCGCCGCUCCUCCGCCGCCCCCUGCCACCUCCGGGGCUGAGAAGGCUUUGCAGCGCCAGCGCCGCCGCCUCGGCUGCUCCUGCCGCCCCGGCCCCGGGGAAGAGCAAGGCGGGCUCGCAGGUACCUCGCUGCACUGAGUGGGGGUCGGGGGCGCAGGGCUGGGGCUGCUCCUGGGCUUCGGGCAGCGGGCAUGGGAUGGGGCGGCCUCCCUCUCUCAGCUUCUUUUUUGAGCGGUUGAUGGAGGGGUUGGACUGUUUCUUAAACAAAAAGGAAAGAAAAACGAAAGGAGCUGAUGAGGGAGGGGGAGGGAACCGAGAAGGGGGAAGAGGAAAGGGGUCUCGUUUCCUUCCUUUGAGGCUUCACGGUCUUAGCUUAGUGCUGUAUUAACUUUUAACUUGAGCUGCUGCUUUGUUUGUUUUGUGCUCUUAAUCUGCUCCCUCUCCUCCUCCUCCUCCUCCUCUUUCGUAAGUUCCUUGGGAAUGCUGAUUGGCCACUGAAAGGCACCUUUUAUGUGAAUUAACGGGCUGGAAAUUUUUGUUGUUGUGGGGCAGGACAUUUCAUUAACCGUUCAUUCUUUUCAAGGUACCUGCCUCUUCUUUUUGCCUCUUUCCCCUUCCUGUCUACAUCUUUCUUUCUUUCUUUCAUCAUAGAAUCACAGAGUUGGGAGGGAUCCUGGGGUCAUCUAGUCCAACCCCCUGCAAUGCUGGAAUCUCAAAACGCCCAUUCGCCAUCCAGUUUGAAACCAUACUUAACCUUUCUUAGCUUUGCAAAUGUGAUAGCAGCUUUAUUGCUGCACCACUGGGAUCUCGUUUCACCUUCCCUCCCUCCCAGCAUUGCUUCUGUUUCCUUUUUUCCAUAUAAGAAAAUGUCCAUCCUUGAGAUGGGAUGCUGCUGCUGCUGCUGCACACUUUUGGGUGCAAAUCUUCCUUCUAGGGGAGGCAGAUUCAACAGAAGUCUUCUGUGCUUCUGUGUUGGGUCUGUCAGACAAGCAUGGGCAGCAGCCAGAGGGAGCAGAUGGGGGAGCAGAAAGUGUGUGGUGGGGUCCUUAAACCCACCUCUGCUACUUGCUCACCUGGCUUAGCAUCACGGACAAGUACAAAGCCAUCUGCCAACUCUACACAAUCUUUGGGCAGGCAGUGGUUGGGUUUGAAUCCCCCUGUGCUGCUUAGAUCUAGUUGGUGAAUGGAGGCUGUCCUGGUCAUCUUCAACAUUGCUUGCUUGCCUGCCUGCUGAGAAGCAAUCACUUCCAUUUGGUAAUCACUGCUGCAAUGGUGAGUUCUCACAAUGUGCUAGAGCCUUCGUAGUUGCCUAAUGGUGCACACCAGCCUACUUUUCCCAGUUUUCUGGCUUCUUUUUUUAAAAUUUACUCUUCUCUUCACCUGUGGUGUCAAGACUGGUCUUAACCAUGUGAAGGAAUGAGGACUCAACCCCCUGGAACAUGUUCUUUUUCUUGUUAGUACUUCUCGAUUGUGGAAUGAGAAAGUGACCUGGUAGAAAAAGGGCUGGUCCCAAUUCCUGUCUUGUUGGUAGAUUUUCUGUAUGAGUAUGUAUACUAAUAGGUUGCCAUAGCAAUUAAUAUGUAACUCUUGGCAGUUACAACACAGUCUUCUUGCUGCGCAGAAGCAUAAUCCAGACUCUUUGGUCAUGGAGCACUUUUGCUUUGCAGAACAAAUGGGAAAUUAAGAAUUUGUGGUUGGUGCGGCCUGCCCUCUACUUAAGGACGCUGAGCAUGACCACAUACUUAAAAAAUAAGUAUGUAGAACACUUGCUUAGUAGUAGCUACAUAGUAUUUAACUUCUGAAUAAACAGGCACAGGGCUGUAUGUUUCUCAGCCAGUGUUAUUGACCUUACUCUGGUAUACCAAGAAUCCAUGUUCAGCUCAAUGCCAGUUUCCCAACAUCUGACUAUAUCUCCAUAUGGACAGCUGUCAAUAUAAUGGCUAAGAGGUCACCAAACCUAGUUUUGACUACCCACUGACCUGCAGGAGCUUUCCAUAUUUUCAGGCAGGAGUCUCUUCCAGUCCUAUGUGGACAUGCAAUGGGGCUGAAUGUGGGACUUCUGCCUGCAAAGCACAUGCUGUGCCACUAAGCUACAGUCAUUUCCCAAUGGAGUUUCCUUGUCAAAUGCAUGACAAGGAAAUUAAGUGCCCAUGCUACUUGGUUGACAGUCUAGAUACAACAUUAGAAUACAUGACCUAGAUAUGUCAUUCUAAUAAUGCUUGACCUCAGUAGUCAUACACUGUUUCCUUUAAUUUGUUUAUUUUACAUAGAACAGCAGGCUUUUAACACCCAAUGGUUGCUGGAGGGUCCUGGUCUUGGAUUUGAGAGGACACGAGUGAAAUCUUUAAUAUGUUUGCAUUACAUUCAGGUGUUUUUUAAAAGGAAGUUAUCUCCUUUUUUAAAAAAAAAAGAUUAUAAAUAAAUGCUUUAAAAAAUAAAGUGAUUCCAGUGUAAAUAAAACAAAAUAAUGGUAUUUGAGUAUGUGCUGCCUUUUCCAUCACCAAGAACAGCUAUUUUCCCUGUCAUGCUGUUUCUCUAGAGUAUAGCACAGAAUCACAGACUAACAUUAAUGUCAAAGCAACCCCCAGCAGCUGAAGAGGCUUGCUUAUGCAACAGGUUAAUUUUAAUAAUUUAAUAAUUGUAAUAAACAUUCCCUUAGCUUGUUUCAGUUUUAUUUACAUAUGCAUGGAGUAAUCCUGAAGAGAAAAGCAAAUUUGGGAUAUGUUUGCACCUGCAGUGAUUGCUUUAGUUUUGUUAUGCAAGCUGGGCAUUUGAACUGCAGACUCCUGGGAUUUUCAAAGGCUCUGGAAUAGCGCCGGUUUAAAUGCCCACCUUGAAUGGGCUUGGUUGCCAACAAUGUCUGGAGGACCAUAGGUUCCCUGCCUCUCUUGUAUACCUUGCAAGAACUGAUGGCCAUAUUAUUUAUAUACUGCAUUUCCUACAGAUAAAUCUUUGUUCAAAGCAGUUCACAUAAAAACAGUGUAAAUGCAGAAGUUUGAUAAUGAAACAUUAUAAAAAGUAUAAUAUCCCUACAACAUAACACUGAAAAAAUCAACGAUUAAAAAGUUCAUUUAACAUAAAUCAACAUUAUAGCAAAUGCACACAGUGCAGCAGCAGUUAUUUUUUUCUUUCUUGGCAAUAGGAAGUUGAAACAUGAUGACUGGCUAUAUGAGAUUGAGAUGUGUUGUGUGAGUAAAUAAGUUUGAGAAAGGAUUCUUUGUUUAGGUUAACUGCUUCUCACUCAGACUCUGACCCCAAAUUAGCAUCACCAUUCUACAUGUAUUGUGGGAUGGUUCCUGAAAACCUCUGCUUGGCUGUAUAUGCAGGGUAAAAGGUAAGGAGGGAGCGGAUAGCACUGUGGUCUAAACCACUGAGCCUCUUGAGUUUGCUGAUCGAAAGGUCGACAGUUCGAAUCCCCACAACGAGGUGAGCUCCCGUUGCUCUGUCCCAGUUUCUGCCAACCUAGAAGUUCGAAAGCACACCAGUGCAAGUAGAUAAAUAGGUACUGCUGCAGUUUCCGUCACGGUGUUCUGUUGCACCAGAAGCUGUUUAGUAAUGCUGGCCACAUAACCAGGAAAGUUGUCUGUGGACAAACACUGGCUGAAAAGCGAGAUGAGCGCUGCACCCCAGAGUCACCUUUGACUGGACUUAACCGUCCAGGGGUCCUUUACCUUUUACCUAUAAGCAGGGUAUGUGGUUGUGAAUCAAACAUUGCACACUGCACCGGCAACCAUCUUCAUGAUCCCAGAAACUGAAAAAGUGUAACUGUAAACUGCCCUGGGAUUAAAAAAAGUACAGUGUAAAUCAAUGUGGAAUAAAUAUUAUGAAGGGUAACAUAUAAAGAGUUCAAAUAAAUAAGCAAUCUGAAUGCUAAUUUGUUUGAAGUCUAAGUUCAGAUCUAAAGAAUUACAGGCAGCAACCAUUUCAUGCGAGGGCUCUGUUUCUGGCGCCUGUGUGUGUUAGCAGAGUCUUCCACCGCCCUGCCCCACACCGGUUUCUGCCCCCAUUCUGCCUUCUUCUGGGUCCAAGAGGACCCACACACCGGUGAUCAUGUGUCAAUUGGACAUGCCUAAAAUGGUCGCCGCCUGUAAACAAGAAACUUAAGAAAUAUAAAGUGUGUAGAUUGAUGGUGUGUUGAGAUGUUUCAUAUGUGAAAUUUGUGAUAGAUGUUGGGCGACAGGGUAGGGUCCUACCUUAUUUCAUAUAAGCCUGUAUCAUGAAUUGCAAAGUAGACACAUCAGUCAUAGACUCCCAACAGGAAAGGCAUAAUGUACUCACACUUCUUGGGAUUCUUUCAACUCCUAUUUUUAUUGAAAGCAAAAAGGUAUGUCAAUCAAAUGACAAAUAUUCAUAUCGGGCAUUAGCUUUAUUUGUUUACAUUUGUAGUAUUUACCUUCCUUGAGGGUGGAUGGGUAACCAUUGAAACACUUAUAAUUUCAAAUGUUACUAAAAAAACCCACAGCUACUUAAAUUCAGCCACUCUUGUGAACUGAACUCUUGUCUCCUUUGUGCAUCUGUGUGGCACAGCCACAAGCACUGUGGCAUUAAACUUGAAAAGGGAUGGAGCAGACAGAUCCUGGAGGAGUUUCCUUUGUUGCUGUGAGUGGCAGAUUGCAGUAAGGACACAGCGGUGUUUACAACUGUGAAUGCUUCCACCUUCCAUAGCUUGAUGUUGUAAUGUCAGACAGGGACAAAAUAUUUUUGAGAAUAUUGUGACAAACUCAGAGCUAUUGAUGAAGCAUUGAAACCUUUGCAUGAACAGAUGGUAAUUUACUGAAUUAUUCUAGUGGCAGAUUCAGGUAGGUAGCCGUAUUGGUCUGACACAGUCAAAAUAUAUUUUAAUGUUUUUUUAAAAAAUGUCCCAGUAGCACCUUUGUUGUUUAGUUGUUUAGUCGUGUCCGACUCUUCAUGACCCCAUGGACCAGAGCACGCCAGGCACUCCUGUGUUCCACUGCCUCCCGCAGUUUGGUCAAACUCAUGCUGGUAGCUUCGCGAAAACUCUCCAACCAUCUCGUCCUCUGUCGUUCCCUUCUCCUUGUGCCCUCCAUCUUUCCCAACAUCAGGGUCUUUUCCAGGGAGUCUUCUCUUCUCAUGAGGUGGCCAAAGUAUUGGAGUCUCAGCUUUAGGAUCUGUCCUUCCAGUGAGCACUCAGGGCUGAUUUCCUUAAGAAUGGAGAGGUUUGAUCUUCUUGCAGUCCAUGGGACUCUCAAGAGUCUCCUCCAGCACCAUAAUUCAAAAGCAUCAAUUCUUCGGCGAUCAGCCUUCUUUAUGGUCCAGCUCUCACUUCCAUACAUCACUACUGGGAAAACCAUAGCUUUAACUAUACGGACCUUAGUAGCACCUUAGAGACCAACUAAGUUCGUUCUUAGUAUAAGCUUUCAUGUGCAUGCACACUUCUUCAGAUGCACACAUGCAUGCACACGAAAGCUUACACCAAGAACAAACUUAGUUGGUCUCUAAGGUGCUACUGGACAAUUUUAAAAUAUAUUUAUUCUAGCGGCAGUUGGGUCUAAUGAAACAUGUCUGUACCUUGUUGUCAGGGAAAGUAUCACCUUUAAAAAUAACCAGAUUUUAAUUUGAAUACUUCCUUGAUCAGAUGUUUUAAAUAAAGUUUUAAUGUGUACACUGUGUUUGUACUUGUCUAUUCUAGUUGAAAUGUAGUGAUUCUCCUUCUAAGCUUUUCGUGACAGAGGAAAAUCGGCUUAUGCUGCCAGAAAAGUUAAACUUAAUUUUCUUUCCAUUUUGAUUACACUAUUCUGAGGAAAGAGAGACUAAAUCCAUAAGAUCUGCAGAUUGUGUUGCUUGCUGACUAUAUUCCCGGUAGAAGUUAAUCCAGCCUAGAAUCUCAUUAAAAACUGUUCCAAGACUUUAUGCAUUUACUCCCUUAUUAGAAAAUGGACAACAAGACACAAGAAGACAUUUUCUAGAAUCAGAUUUGACCAUAUGGAAGAAAUGGAGACCAAAAAUUUUACCUUUUGACAGUGGCGGAGUAUAUGCCUGCGCUGCCCAGGGCGGGCGCGCUCCCAAGGGGGACGGGGCGUGGAGGGUGCCCUCCUGCAACUCCCACGCCUACCGUGAGCCGCCGGGGGAAGGGGGGAGCUGCUUUGCCACUGGUGCAAAGGGGGGUGACAUUCAGUGCGCUACCUGCCUGUGACUCAGACUCCCACGCCUACCAUGAGCAAAGUGGCAAAACGACGCAGCAGUUCCCGCUUCCCCCGACGGCUCGCACCGCUUUGCUCACGGUAGGCGUGGGAGUCCGAGUCAUGGGUGGGCGGCACGCCAAAUGUCACCCCACCCCUGGGAUGACACCUGGGGUGCUGCACACCCACCUUCUUCCACCAGUGCCUUUUGAUUCUCCUUUAGUCCCAAUAAUAUAACACUCUUCCUUUCGCAUAGCAGCUGAAUCAUCUCCUCUCCCCGCCCCCCUUCUUCAGUCUACUCACAAGCACACAGAAUGAAUUCUCCUGUGUUUUGGGCUUUCUAGCCCUUUUUAAAAAAACUUUUUAUACCUGUCAAAAUCUCAGGAUCUCCCCCACCCCCAUAUCUGCACCUCUUGUCUGUGGGUGAUGCCAUUUUGGCUUUGUAAGCAACUGCACACUCACCCCCUUAACAUUGGAAAAAGGUUGAUUUUAAAGAUGAGGCCAAGACAUGUUUUUAUAGAGGGAGAGCAUUUCUCACUAUCCUAGGAAAACAAAAGUAUAUUUUUGCAAGGAAACCCCAAAGAGGGGCAAUAUCACUGAGCUGGUAAUUUCCUUCAUGCAUGUGAGAAUACGCAAGCAGCACAUGUAAUUACGUAUUAUCCAUUUCCAAGGAGCAGUCUUCCCAACACUGACUCUGGAUCUGCUUUUUAAACUUGUGCAAGUCCACAUACUGUUUGGCCUUCGUAACAUCUUAGUGUUUGGUGCUUCCUUAGUCCUGUAAGCCAUUAGUGGAAGAUUUGCUGACUGACCUAAAUAAAUAUUUUGUUGUUGUUGUUAAUUUCUUGCCAACUGUGCCCUUUCUAACAUUACAAACUGGUUUAGAAGGAAUAAUAUAUUAUUUGAGUGUAGGUUGAGAUGAAGCAGAUCACAUAAUUAAUUUAACUGGAAAUAUUUAUAGCUCAUAUAGCAUUUGGCCUCUGCCAUUAACCCCAGCUUAAUGGUUCUUUAUCUGAUACGCAUCCGUUUCAUUCUUCAAACAUGUCUUAAAAUGUUGUCUAACAAAAUGGCUUUUCAUGGCCAAAGAAUGUUAUUGCUAAACCUUAGAAGUUACACCAAUGUGGCAUUUACGGUGGUGGUGGUAGGGAGAACCACACAUGGAGGAAAGGCAGGAGAUAUAUAACAAACAAAUAAAUAGUACAGUGGACGCUCGGGUUGCGAACGUGAUCCGUGCAGGAGGCACGUCCGCAACCCGCAGCAUCUGCAACCUGCAGCGCCGCGCAUGCGCGGGUUGCGAUCCGGCGCUUCUGCACAUGUGCAAAGUGUGAUUUAGUGUUUCUGCGCGAGCGCCGAAACCCGGAAGUAACCUGUUCUGAUACUUCCGGGUUUCGGCGCGUCCAUAUCCUGAAAACGCACAACCUGAAGCGUCUGUAACCUGUGGUAUGACUGUAUCAUGAAUGCAAGCUUUCUUUUAUUUCAGCUCAACAUACAACCUACCUUUGGCUUUCUGUUUGACAUUGAUGGAGUAUUGGUACGAGGAAAGACACCAAUUCCAGGCGCAAGAAAAGCCUUUCAAAAACUACUUAAUUCUCAGGGAGAGUUUUCGGUUCCUGUAGUAUUUGUCACAAAUGCAGGAAACUGCCUUCGUCAGAAGAAAGCAGACCAGUUGUCUCAUAUUCUUGGAGUGCCAGUGAGUAAUUUUAAUGCCUUUUGUGUGUGUGUGUGUGUGUGUGUGUGUGUGUGUGUGUGUGUUUAAAUCACAUGAAUAAUGAAGGAAUAUUUCUGUUUUAUAAAUUGUCUACUUAGUUCAGUAGUUCUUGUCUUGCCUUCAUAAAGACAACAACUUUAAAUCUCAGUUCCAAAUCUUACAGGUGUCUUUUAAAAUAGAUGCAAUAUGUUCCGAAUCAUUUCAAGGGUUUCUCUUAGGGGAUUAAAAUGCUUAUCAGCUUCGUGCUUUACAGGGCAAAUUGUGUGUACUUCUAUCCAAGUAACGUUAACCUCAUGAAUUGUAAGCUGUUUUCUCAUUAUUGUUUUGCUUCAGAAUUUGUAUAUGGUUUAAUUUAAACCUUACCUCUGAAACAAGAAUCAGAUGCUGGGUGUGGAGAGAGACUGAGGCAAGAACUAUUUUAAGCACUGGUUGUGUGCUGUGGAAACAGAAAUCUGAUCUGAAUUAAUUUUUCAGUACUAUUUUCAUGAGCAAAGAUGUCACAGGUAAAAGAGAGCAUAUUAAUUAAGGAACUGAUCUCCCAUUCUUUCUCUCACAGAUUUCCCAAGACCAAGUCAUGAUGUCCCACAGUCCUUUGCGAAUGUUCAGACGUUACCAUGACAAAUGUGUUCUUGUGUCUGGACAAGGGCCUCUUCUUGAUAUUGCUAAGCAGUAUCCUUUGGAAAAUGUAGCUUAUUCCAGGUUACAGUGGUACCUUGGGUUACAUACGCUUCAAGUUACAUAUGCUUCAGGUUACAGACUCCACUAACCCAGAAUUAGUACCUCGGGUUAAGAACUUUGCUUCAGGAUGAGAACAGAAAUCGCGCGGUGGCAGCAGUGGGAGGCCCCAUUAGCUAAAGUGGUGCUUCAGGUUAAGAACAGUUUCAGGUUAAGAACGGACCUCCAGAACGAAUUAAGUACGUAACCAGAGGUACCACUGUAUAUGGAAAAAGCUUUUGGUUUUUGGUUUUUUCGUACAGUGAUUAAUAGGUGCAUCUUGUAGUUUAUGCUGUCCAUGAACUCUAAUGAAAAUGUCAGCUCUUAAGUGUGGUCUUGAAAUAUAUAACGCAGCAAGGGAAAUGAAGGGCAGGCAAAGAAGAGGAAACAUUUCCAAUUUUCUUUAUUAACCUUUCUAGCUCCUGGUUGCUGCCUCGGUUCCUCACUCUCUUUGAGCAGGCCGUAUCUGGCUUACGCAGAGAGGCUGCCGCUAACAGCUGUCCAGUCACUGUUGUGGUUAUGCUGUGUGUUUGUGUGAAAGGGAGACUGCAAGCUUGUUCUGAAGCCAUUGUGGGUUCUUGUUUUGGCUGCAGGGAAUGAAUACAGCAGGAGUAGUUUAGUGGAUCCUAAAAUAGUAGUAGUAGUAGUAGUAGUAGUAGUAGUAGUAGUAAUUCUUGGUUAUGUGGCUUGGAAAAAAAGUAGUUACUGCCAAAUCAAAUUUAUUGCUUGUUUCAUAAAGCAGAAAUGUACAUUCCAGAAAAAUGUUGCAAUAAAAUUGUAUUGUUAUCCAUAACCAAAUACAUUGCUAGUGUUGGAUUUUGUCAGCCUGUUACAAUCGACAGGCUGCGAGAAAACUUCCCCUUAUUGGACAUGGUUGACCAUGACAGAAGACCUAAAGUUUCAGUAAGUAUAUUGUUUACUACAAAUCAUUUCUCUUAAUAAUUGAUUUGAGAGCUUUGUAUUGUCCUUAACAAAAAUGUCCUACCUAACAGCCUGGUUUGGCCCUUGAAGUCUCAUUUGCUGGAGAUACGAUUUAAACUAGAAUACAAAGCAGGGAGGUGAGAGGAAGUCAUGGAAAUAAGUAAAUGGGAAAAUGGUUUGUAAUGGUCAAAUAUGUUUUUUGUUAUUUCUUUUUUUUUUUUUACUGUGAUUUUCUGUUUUUCUUAUUCCUUUUUUAUUGUCUGUUUUUUAUAAGAUGUAUGUGGUUUGUGUUUCUCUUUUUUUAUACUUUUUCUUUUUUUGUAAUUGUAAAAUUGGAAUAAAUAUUCUUUAAAAAAAAAAAAAUUGAAGUCUCUCUGACCGCUGUUCAUGUGCUCAUAAAUUUAGGAUGUUCUACUGGCUUAACUCCACAAAAUCUAUUUUCAAGCAGUUGCUAUAUAGACAAAUGAAAGACAAAUUUAAUUGCCUGUAUAUUGUCCACAGCAUUUAAAAGGUUGUACAGUUUGUUCUGAAGGUUACCCAAUAUUGACUGAUCUCACAAUAGAUUAGGCUGCAAUGAAAAGAGCAGAGUAGAAACAUGAGGAAAUGUUUCCAAGAACUAAUGAAAGCAUUGCCCAAGUAUCGUGUCAGGUUGAAGAGGACAGGAGAGUUGGACUGAACCGGACUAGUUCAGGAGGAAGGGGCUGGGACACUGACCAGCCCUUUAAUUACCUGUACUUCCUCGUUUCCUUUGUGGAAAGUAGUCAUGUGUAGUCAUAUGCAUUACCUUGUGAAACUUUUUUUUUAGGUCACUCUUUCUUAGGUGAAUGUCCUUUCUUCCUUAUGCUGGAGUGCGCAUUCACAGACAUCUAAGUUUGUUUUGGAGGAAGGAAAGGAAGUGGAAGAGGAUGAUCAAAUUUCAUGGAGUUUCUAUAAUAAGUUAAUUUGUCUGGCCUGUUUUGAGGAUGGUAUCACAAGCCUGCAAGGAAUAAUCAGAUGAAAAGUGUCUGUUGUAUGCUUGAAUCCCAUCAUGAAAAUUGUGAAUUUUAACUGUGAAGGGAGUGCAGGAUUUUUGUUUCUGUUGACAACAAAACGAAUUUGAUUGCUAUUAAAAUAUUUUUUUUUAAAUAGAGAAGAGAAUGAAAUGCACAACGGCAUCUUCCCAUACCCCAGUGCUAUCUCAUCCUUACACUUAGGAUAUUGUGUUGCUGAGUAUUGUGCAAAAGAUAAAAUCCAUUUGGGCACAAUGGUAAUAUACAAAUGUCCUGAGCAUGCAAGGCAAUGCUGCACUAGACCCAGAGGAGUGAGGUGUUCAUUUUGAGGCAAUUUUGCCCCCCUAAAACACAUAGCAGGGGUUUGCAUUAGUGAGUGAAGGGGCUCAAGCAAUUGUUUCAGCUGGUAUGGAAGCAUGAUACAAAGCCAAAGCAACAACCAGCAGCAAGUACUUUUCAACAACAGAGGUGCCGUUUCAGUUCCUUGUUGCUAUAAUAGGUAUACAUUUAUUUCUUAGAAAUGUAAAUGGGCAUGCGAAGCAUUACAUCUGAACAGGACUUGUGUGCCUGUCAGAGUCAAAGAAAAACCCCAGGAUGCUUUUCUUAGUAAUGAUAGCUUGUUUUUUUUUUUCCCCUUUGCAGCAUCCACCUGAAGUGGAACUUCCCAAGAUUGAGGGUCAGUAUGUCCUGCAGCCCAUGAUUUCUAAGUGAAGUAGAAUGCAUAGUGGCUUUCAAAAAACAUACUACUUUGAGGGCCUCAGGGGCCGGUUGUGAUGAACCUGACUGGUAGGCGCAUAGCACUUGGCAUGUAGAGUUUAUAUUCCCUUGCUCUUUAACACUAACUUACCUGUUUGUCUCUUUUCAGUAAGUUCUCUUGUAACACUGCCAUUCUAGGCUAAGCCAUGAUGCUGUCAGUGCUAUCUAAGUCUUAGCUUUACAAUCCCUAUUCCAAAUUAGAACUUGAAAGCAAGGAGGUAGACCCUAUGACCUGUGCUGGUUGUGUCACUAGUUGACUAGGCAUUAGCUUACUAAACGCCCACCCACUCCCUGGCCAGAAAAAAAGACGGUUACUAAAAACUGCUGUAUAAAACAACCUACAUACGUAAACAAAUCUUCCAAAACCAUAUUCCAUACUACAGAAAUUACCAUCGCCAUUAUUAAUUUCAUUUAUGAAGCACUUGCGAUGUCGCAUUCUGAAGCAAUUGACAAAAUCUUAGCUAGGGGGUGUUUAAAGGUAAAGGGACCCCUGACCAUUAGGUCCAGUCGUGGCCGACUCUGGGGUUGCGGCGCUCAUCUCGCUUUACUGGCUGAGGGAGCCGGUGUACAGCUUACAGGUCAUGUGGCCAGCAUGACUGAGCCGCUUCUGGCGAACCAGAGCAGCACACGGAGACGCCGUUUACCUUCCCGCUGGAGCGGUACCUAUUUAUCUACUUGCACUUUGACAUGCUUUCGAACUGCUAGGUUGGCAGGAGCAGGGACCGAGCAACAGAAGCUCACCCCGUCGCGGGGAUUCGAACCACCGACCUCCUGAUCGGCAAGCCCUAGGCUCUGUGGUUUAACCCACAGCGCCACCCGUGUCCCUAGGGGGGUGUUUACUUUACAUCAAAGAUGUAAAUUCUUUCUGCACCUUUGUACAAUAGUCUAGCCCUGUUCAGGCAUUCAGUACGUGUGGGUACCCAACACAUAGAUGGGCCUGUGGGAAUGCAUAGUUCUAGCCCUGUCCCAUUGAUAAUUGACACACCUGUCAGCCAUAUCUCCAGGAAAUAUGUGGUUGGUGUCAAUCUGAAGGGGGCAGAUUCCAUGCGCAUACAGGGUUGCCAUCUUUGUGGAGAAAAUCCUGUAUGUUGAAACGUGUGUGUGUGUGUGUGUGUGUGUGUGUGUGUGUAGAAGCAGCCCACUUCAGACAGACACUGAUCAAGCAUUAGUGAAAGAAUGGAAUGAAGGUAACAAUGGACCCUGGAGUUGUUUCAUGAAUUUCUGAAGACGAAAGUUGAUUGAAGACAAUAUAGCUGCAAAUAAGUUACUACUCAGUUGAAUUCUGCUCUAUUUAUUUCGGGCUUUGUACCAUCUCAUGAAGCGUAACGAGGACAGAAUUGUUACACUGUGGUAGCUGUGUAGAACUGUGUACCUAAUUUGUGUCCCUGUUGAUUGCCUUGUAGCGAUUGUUCUAUUUGGUGAGCCAGUGAGAUGGGAAACGAACCUGCAGUUGAUCAUAGAUGUUCUUUUGACAAGUGGCUAUCCUGGGAAUCCAUAUGCUCAGGCAACUCACCCACAUAUUCCUGUACUGGCUUGCAACAUGGAUCUAAUGUGGAUGGCUGAAGCCCAGUCUCCAAGGUAGGGCAAGGGCAGUGAGUAUUGGCAGGUUUUUCAAGAUCUGUACAAACAGCAAGGGAGAACUCUUGGGAUCUGAAGAGUUCACUGAGCUUAUCAGCAUACAACACCAAAAAUGUACCAUCAAUGUCACAAACAUUCAUAAUUCCUUGAUUCGAAGAGUGGGCCUCACUGAUCCAUAAUCCUCAACUUACUUAUGAGGCAAGCAUUAUGACUUCUGGGAAUACCUCAGUUUGGAUUAAAAUCUGAGCCAGAGGAGAAUUUAUCCCAUCCCAUCUGUCUGUGCACUUACCUGGCUGUUUCUCUGUCAGUGGGAAGUCCAAGACUAAUUAAGAACCAAAAACAAUCCCAUUCACACUCCUGAUGAUGCCCGUCAAACACCCAGUGCUUGUGUCCCUGUCAUAGGAGCAUUGCAGGUUGCAGGGGGUAGGGAGGAUGAAAUGGAGAUUUCUCACUAGCACAGCUACUGUUUCCAGGGAAGGGGGUUUGAGGAGGGUUGUGCUUCUUCAUUCCCAGUAAUGUUAUAGGGAACAGGACCCAUUUUGAUUUGUAAUUGUGCUUGGAAUUAACUGAACUACUAUUUUCUGCUUUAGGGGUAUAGUUUAAUUUGCCAUGUUCAUGGGUGAGGGGGGGUUUCCCAUCAAUACAAAAUAUAUGCAACUAAUGGAUAUUCCCAGCGCUGCCUGGGAUUCUUUAGAGCAGGGGUCAGCAACCUUUUUCAGCCGUGGGCCGGUCCACCGUCCCUCAGACCAUGUAGUGGGCUGGACUAUAUUUUUUUGGGGGGGGGGAAAUGAACAAAUUCCUAUGCCGCACAAAUAACCCAGAGAUGCAUUUUAAAUAAAAGGACUCCUUCUACUCAUGUAAAAACAUGCUGAUUCCAGGAUCAUCUGCGGGAUGGAUUGAGAAGGCGAUUGGGCUGCAUCCGGCCCCCGGGCCUUAGGUUGCCUACCCCUGUUUUAGAGACCAACAAAUACUGCUUUUAAAAAAUGGAUAGUGUAGUGUAUGUGUGUUAGCUACUCACCUGCCUAUUUAUGUAAAACUGGAUGGAAUUAAUUCAGCCUUCACAAUCUACCUCAAUAGAAGUUGGAAAAAUAUCUCUUUUUAUGUGAUAUUUUGUUUUUAUCCUGGCUAAACAUUCAUUCUUGCUAAGCUUUAUUUUCUGUAUAUUUUAGGUUUGGGCAUGGAACAUUCAUGGUUUGUUUGGAAAACAUUUACAAAAAGAUCACUGGCAAAGAGCUGAAAUAUGAGGCUUUGAUGGGAAAGCCUAGUGAACUGACCUAUCACUAUGCAGAAUACCUGAUCAGGACACAAGCAACUGCAAAACAAUGGAAGAAGCCUAUUCAAACCCUCUAUGCCAUUGGGUAAGAUGUUUCUCAUCGUAAAAUAUUCCUGUUGCAAACAGCAACUCAUAAAACUUGUUAAAAUGAAUGAGUCAAAACUCAUGAUUUGCCAGUCAGUUGAGAAGGGGAAUGUUUUAGGUAGGCUAUUGUUACGAGUUUAAAAGUGGUUAGGGACUGGAAUAAAUGUGAUUCUCCCCCUGAAAACCUGUUUAAAACUUAUCCAGUGACAUUGCAGAUUGUCAAAACCACCCUUCCUCUUUCAAUUUUAGCCAGGCAGUAAAUAAGUGAAAGAAUCUGCUAUAUAGUUCUACAAUGUCUGGCUCCUGGUGAAUCUGAAACCACCUUUUUCAGAUCUUUUCAUCAGUGGUCAGUAGCAAAUAAAGUCACCUGCUUAUGUCUGCUUAAGCAGUUACAGCCUACUUCUCUGCAUGUUUUCUCAGAAGAAAGUCUCACUGGGUUCAGUGGGACUUGAUCCUAAUUAUCUGCAUAAGCUCGUCUUUUAGUUCACGUGGUGUUGAAAGAUCAUGGGCCAAAUCAUGCUGAUUUCACCUUGGGAAGACUGCAUCACAAUCACUUUCGGUUAUGCCUUUUUGGUUAAUCACUUAUGCUGGGAUACUUAUUCAGAUUUGAGGAGGUUUUGAGCUUCAUUUUGCUUUCUGUUAAUGAAGUCUAAUUGCAUCCACUCUGUGCUGAGAAUAUAUUGGCUUGCAGUGGAGUGAAAGAAGCCCAUCAGAGGAGAACUCUGCUGCCGUAGAGAGCUCUGGAGGACACUGAAGCUCUGCUCUCAGUCACUGUCAGCCUCUCUUUUCCUCACAUCCUGCUCAUGCUUUUCAGUCUUCACUCCUGUGAUAAGUUUUUUUGGUGGGGGGGGAACACCUUAAAAACGUUAAGAUUCCGAGAUGUCAGGUUCUUGACUUCUGUUGCCAUCUGGUAAAAUAUAUGCAGCCUUGGCUAUACUGGUUCAGUGUGGGGAUGUGUGCGAAAAGUAUGAAUGGCUUAAAUGUGGUAAAAUGUGUGAACCUGUAACAUGUGCAUAUUUCACUAAUAUUAUAGUAUUUGUUGGUUUUCACAUCAUUCCUCUUGACUUGUUUGGAUGUACAAAAGAUUCUAUGAACCAGGGUGAAGUUUAUUUUCCCAAAGGCAAGGAGAAACCCUCUGAGACACAGUUCAUUGGGCUUUAGAUCCACAGAGCUGCUAGACCAGGGGUGAGAUGUCCAGAAAGGGAGCUUAGAUGUGUGCAGUCGUAAAGCCCGUAGACUGCAGUAUGCAGAGGAGAGUCUGUGCACUGUAAUAAUGGAAAUAGCAAGCUCUAUCAGCAGGUGCAUUGCGCAUAUACCCGAAAUAUGUUUAUGCUGAUGUAACUUUCUUGACUCCCUAGGGAUAACCUAAUGACAGAUAUUUAUGGUGCUAAUCUUUACAACCGCUACCUUCAAGAAAAGAACUCGAGACGAGGUUCCAAGGCACUUAUCCAGGCCAAAGCUGCUGGGGGCUCAAGAUCUGCCACAGUCUCUCAGGAAGAAGAACUCGAAAACACUUGGGAAAGUGAAUUAGCAUCUGCGACUGCCACAAGCUGUAGGUCUGUCCUUGUUUGCACCGGAGUUUACAACCCUCACACAGAGGUGCCCUCUGACACGAGGGAGUGCAUAACUGAGACUGUGUUUCAUGGGCACAGGGAUUUUAGGUUUGAUCCUGCUUUAGUAGAACCAAACCACAUUGUUCCAGAUGUUGAAGCUGCUGUCGACUUAAUCUUCCAGCUAGAGAACUUUGCACCAAAUGAAAAUUACAGGACUCCUUAAUGACUUUCUUAACAUUGUAUGUUCUGUGUACUUUUUCUUCCUGAAAAACCAAACGGAAGCACUUAGUGGCAUAUCCUUCCUAACAUGUUUAUAUUUUUAUAUGUAACACUUCUAAUACACUCCUGCUUGUUCUAACAGCACCUUCCUUUGAUAUCUAACUUUGGUUUCUGUGCUCUGAUAUCCCUUUGCGUCCAACACCCACUGUGCUUUUUAUAUGAAUUGUUUUCUGCAUGCUGGCUUCACUAUUUAGCCACAGAGUUAAAUCUAAUGCUCUGAACCGUGAGGAAGAACAUCAGCUGUGUUCAGCAGUCAAGGCAAGUCUGUUUUAGAUAGUGUGUAAUGAACUCUAUGCAGUUCCGAGUUUAAAGCAGGGGUGGCUAUCCUCCCAGAUCCUGUUGUACUCCAGUUCCCAUGAACUCCAGCCAGCACAGUUUAUGGUGAGAAUUGGUGGGAGUUGUAGUUCAAUAAUGUUUGAAGAGCCAUAGGUUAGCCAACCCUGAUUUAUAUGUUUAUUCCUAAGGGAUUAUAGUGUUCCCCUCCAUAACAUCUUGCUUUCUUUUGCUACGAAUUCCAUCCAAAAAAAAUCACUGACUCAUUGUACUCUUUUCUCUGUUUCCUUUAUGGAAAAUAGAAUCUGCACUUCAGGGGAAACGUUGUGUUGAGUGCUUUUCUUUGGAUUUCAGCUCAAGCUCAAUUGACUAAAAUUAUGGCACAAGCCAUAAGUUUGUGCAAACACCAAUGGGCUGAAUGGGAUUUCAGCAGUAUAAUAUUUUGCUCAAAUCCCGUUCUAAAGAGCUAGAAGUUCCUGGUAGGCUUUAUCCCUUAUCUGUCUGGAUUUAUCAUUAAACUCUUAAAUACACUCAAGUUUUAUUAUUAAUCACGGUGUUUCUCCUGCACUGAACUGCAGAAUGCACAAUAGCUGUUUGAGCUACUUUCUUAAACCUGAAACUCCAAACCACAGUGGCGAUGUUGAACAUGCUAGUGAGGUUCCUUCCCUCUGCGAAGUAUCAUGUAUCUGGUCUUUAAUGGCCAUGUAUCUCAUGGAUGUAAAGUUUUAAAUAGUAACUUAUUGCUUACAUUACCAGUUUUAUAAAGCAUUGUGUUUAACUAAAAAAAAAAAAAACCCUGCCCAGUAAAGUAUUUUCUAUUUAAAA